CAUAAGUAAUAACCUCAAAUAUUUGACAACUGACAAGUAAACAAAAAUAAACUUGAAUUUAUUAUUUUCCGAUUUUCUAAAUAAUACCGCUGUUUUUGUGCAAAUUUCAAUCGAAACUAACAGAAAAUGCUUCCAUUAUCGUUGUUACGAACGGCCCAAAACCAUCCUAUGCUGGUGGAGUUGAAAAAUGGCGAAACAUACAACGGGCAUCUAGUGAGUUGUGAUAAUUGGAUGAACAUUAACUUACGAGAAGUUAUUUGCACUUCGAGAGAUGGUGAUAAGUUCUGGAGGAUGCCAGAGUGCUAUAUACGAGGCAGCACGAUCAAAUACCUUAGAAUACCUGACGAAGUUAUCGAUAUGGUGAAGGAAGAGACCCAAGUCAAAACCAGAGGUCGUGGAGAGAUGAACAAGGGUAGAGGUGGUCAAAACAUGAGGUCUGGUAGAGGAGGCAGUCGUGGUGCGUUUGGAAACCGCGGUAGGCCUGCGCCCUUAUCACGCGGCGGCGGGAACGCGGGUCGACCACAGAAUAAAAACAAGAAAUGAUUUUUUUUUUUCAUUAAAUAAAUUAGGUUCUUUUUUAUGUAAAUUAUAAGUAUGGCUAAGUAUUUA